AUGGUCCGCAAUUCGACAAUCCCCGUCUACUCGCUCCGUAGACAGAUGCUCCGCAUGUCCUGGAACAAGUACAACCUCUUCAACACCACCCAGCGUGCCCGUGUCCCCAACGUGGCCAACAAGACCCUCUACCAACAGAAAUGGGCCUCCAAGAAGGACACCCGCUCCUACCACGGAGACCAAAUCACAGAGCGUCAGUGGCAGUCCAUGUUCAAGACUCGCCUCCCUACCGCCAACACCAAGGUCGGAGGUGUCGAGCCUCAUCCUCCAGUCUUUUCGUUGACCUUUGCCGAGAUGGAGAGGCGUCUGGAUUUCAUUGUCUUCAGGAGCAACUUUGCCCCCUCCAUCUAUGCUGCCCGUCAGCUCGUUGGACACGGCAAGGUUACUGUCAAUGGCAAGCCUAUGCCCUACCCCUCCCACCGUGUCACAGAUGGAGAUAUCAUUCAGGUCGACCCCACAUCCGUCUCAACUUUGAAGAAGACUGCACCAAAAGAGGGUGAAGAAGAAGCUGGAGCAGCAGUGACAAAGUCACCCAUGGAGUUUGUCCCCAAGCCCUUCUCCCAGCCCUUCCUCUUCGUCCCCGACUACCUCGAGGUCAACUAUAACACCUGCUCGACCUGCUUCUUGCGCUCGCCCAUCUCCCGUCCCGGAAAGACCGAGAUCCCAAGUCCCUUCCCACCACAGAUGCAUGCCUUGGCAUACGAGUUCUACGCCCGUAACCGGAAGUAA